AUGCGGAACCUGCUUCCGGAAUAUUCGGGCCACGUUACCACCAUUAUCCCGCCGCGCUCAACGGGUCCUACGGCAACCAGCGCGCUACAAGACCCGACCCAGGUGACUGUUGGGGCCCCCCAGAUCCUGACCCGAAUCCUCAAGCCUCCAGUUCCCAUGGUAGCAGCAGCAUUUAUGGUCCCUGGACAGGGCCAUGUGAUCUUUGAGGAUGUGGCUGUGUCCUUCUCGCAGGAGGAGUGGGGUCUCCUUAACGAUGCUCAGAGACUCCUGUACUGUGACGUGAUGCUGGAGAACCUGUCACUUAUAGCCUCCCUGGGGCAUUAUGAGUGCAGCGAAUGUGGCAAAGCCUUCAGUAAGAAGUAUAAAUUCACAGAGCACCUGAGAGUUCACACUGGUGAAAAACCUUAUGAGUGCAGCGACUGCGGGAAGUUAUUUAGACUCACCUCCAGUCUUACUCACCAUAGGAAGGUUCACACAGGAAAAAGGCUUUAUAAGUGCUCUAAUUGUGGGAAAGUAUUUGCCCACAAAUAUAAACUUGUUGAGCACCAGAGAAUCCACACUGGAGAAAGACCCUAUGAGUGUAAUCAAUGUGGGAAAGCUUUCCUUCAAAAGGAUACACUUGUUAGGCACCAAAAAGUCCACACUGAAGAAAAUCCUCAUAAGAGCAGUGAAUGUGGGAAGCCCUUCCUUUACAGAAAAAAUCUCCUUGUGCAUCAGAGGACCCAUACUGGAGAAAAGCCUUAUGGGUGUAGCAAAUGUGGGAAGUCAUUCGUCUUCAAAAAAAGGCUUCUUGAUCACCAGCGAAUCCACACUGGGGAAAAGCCUUAUAUGUGCAGUGAAUGUGGGAAAGCCUAUGUCUACAAAGGAAGUCUUGUUGUGCAUAAGAGAAUUCAUACUGGAGAAAAGGCUUAUGGGUGUAAAUGUGGGAAGUCCUUUACAAGCAGCUCUGCCCUCAGUAAACACCAGAAUGUUCACACUGCAGAAAGGCCUUAUGAGUGCAGUGAAUGUGGGAAAGCUUUCAAGGUCAAAAUUAAACUUGUCGAGCACCAGAGAACCCACACUGGAGAAAAACCCUAUGAGUGUAAUCAGUGUGGGAAAGCCUUCAAGCUCAAGUAUACACUUGUUCGGCACCAAACUGUCCACACUGGAGAAAAGCCUUUUAAUUGCAAUGAAUGUGGCAAGCCUUUCAGUUACAAAACAAGUCUUCUUGAGCACCAGAGAAUCCACACUGGAGAAAGGCCUCAUACAUGCAAUAAAUGUGGGGAAGGCUUUGUCUACAGAAGAAGUCUUGUUGUCCACCAGAGAAUCCACACUGGAGAAAGGCCUUAUAUGUGCAGUGAAUGUGGAGAAGCCUUUGUCUAUAGAAGAGGUCUUAUUGCCCACCAGGGAAUCCAUACUAGAGGAAAACCUUGA